CACAUUGCCGCAGGCCACGCUAUAAAAUGAUGAAGGUGCUUCCGGCCAGGGCCCAAGAGAAAGAGAUUCAGGUACUAUCACAUUGAGUGAUCCUCAAACCUUUCUCUCGAUCUAUUUCAUCACUUGGGUCUCACUUUUCUCUUGAGAGGAUCGAUGGAGCAGAUAGCAGCUGCCAUGGAAACUCCUCCUUCAAACCACAGGGAAACAGACCAAUUACCAGCAAGACCCAGAAAGGGUGGCUUGAGAACCAUGCCCUUCAUCAUAGUGAAUGAAUCAUUUGAGAAAGUAGCGAGCUAUGGACUGAUGCCGAACAUGAUCUUCUACCUGAUGAACGAAUAUCAUAUGCAGAGCGCAAAUGGAGCAAGCAUAUUAUUCUUUUGGGCAGCUCUAUCCAACGGUCUCGCCAUUGUCGGUGCUUUCCUCUCCGAUUCUUACUUGGGCAGGUUUCGUGUCAUCACCUUGGGAUCCUUCUCUACCCUUCUCGGUAUGACACUACUAUGGUUAACAGCUGUUAUCGCACAGCUGAAGCCUCCUUCAUGUCCCAAAUCUAGCAUCACUUGCGAAUCGGCGACACCUGCCCAACUCUUCUUCUUGCUCUCCUCUUUCGUGCUCAUGUCCAUCGGAGCUGGCUGCGUUAGACCAUGUUCCAUGGCCUUUGGUGCAGACCAGUUGGACAAUAAAGACAACCCCAUUAGCGAGAGAACUUUACAGGGCUUCUUCAAUUGGUACUAUGUAUCGGUUGGAAUUUCUACGGUUCUGGCUUUGACUGCCAUUGUCUAUAUUCAAGACCACUUGGGAUGGAAAGUGGGUUUUGGAGUGCCGGCAAUUCUAAUGGUGUUUUCAGUCUUGAUGUUCCUGUUGGGCUCUUCUCUCUACGUGAAAGUGAAGGCUGAGAGUAGCGUCUUCAGUGCCCUUUUUCUCGUAUCCGUAGCUGCCUUGAGAAAAAGAAAUCUUCCACUUUCUGCCAGAAAUCUCAAGUACCAUCACGGCAAAGAGUCCAACUUCAGUGCUCCAACUGACAAGUUAAGGUGUCUCAACAGAGCCUGCAUUAUCCGUGAUCCUCAAAAAGACUUGAAACCAGAUGGGUCAGCUUCAAAUCCAUGGAAGCUGUGCACAGUUGACCAAGUAGAAUCACUCAAAGCACUGAUAAGAGUCAUCCCCAUGUGCUCCACUGGCAUCAUGAUACUACUGGCAAUGAACCAAUACUCAAUAUUUUCCGUACUCCAGGCCAACGUGAUGGACCGACACCUCACUCCCAACUUCCAAAUUCCAGCAGGAUCCUUUUCUGUCUUCAUAAUUAUCACGUUAACAAUCUGGAUUCCCAUAUACGACCGCGCACUUGUUCCACUGCUAGCAAAGUUUACUGGAAGACCACGUGGACUUGGGGAGAAAACGCGCAUGGGAAUCGGAUUGUUGCUGUCGUCGUUGGGCAUGGCCGUAGCAGCAAUUGUAGAGAACAUAAGGAGAAAAAACGCCAUUGAUAAAGGGCUAGCUGAUAACCCAGGGACUGUGAUGGACAUGUCUGCCAUGUUGCUAAUCCCACAAUUUUGCUUGUUUGGGUUGGCUGAGGCUUUCAACGCAAUUGGGCAGCUUGAAUUCUACUACUCUCAGCUUCCAAAGAGCAUGUCUAGCAUUGCACUGUCUCUUUUCACUUUUGGAUUGGCUGUGGCUAAUCUCUUGGGUAGUUUACUGGUGAAGAUUGUUGAUGGGGCUACAAAGAAAAAUGGGAACAAUAGUUGGCUGUCGAGUAAUCUGAAUAAGGGCCACUUGGAUUAUUACUUUUGGCUCCUUACCGUAAUGUGCGUGGUUAAUUUUGUAUAUUUUCUUGUUUGUUGUUGGGCUUACGGACCUAGCGAGGAUGGGAGGGCGAAAAUGACGGAUAAAAUGAAAGAACUACAACAGGAAGAUGGUGCAGAAUAGGGAUGCAUGAACUGGCCGGAUGAGUGAAUUUCUGUGAGUAUUAAAUAUUUGUUUGUUUAAUUAAUUGUGUUUUGAAUAUGAUCGAUUAAGAGCUCAUACCAAUCUGUAUUGUAUGUUCAAACUAUAUUUAUUUUAAUUUUCAAAUAAGAUUGAGUUUGUUCAA